UGUCUCUUCUUCUCUGCUGAUUAUUCUGUGCUGAGUGUUCACUGUACAGCAUCAAUAUGGCAGAUAUCACCUUAUUCCUGGACCUCAUGUCCCAGCCAUGCCGAUCGGUGUACAUCCUCGCCAAGGCAAACAAUAUUCCCUUUACCAAUCAUGGUGUGCUACUCUUUAAAGGAGAACAUUUAAGUGAAGAAUUUGGCAAAGUGAAUCCACUUCGAAAGGUGCCGGCCCUAAAAGAUGGAGACUUCACCAUGGCUGAGAGUACUGCAAUACUUCUGUAUCUGGCCAACAAGUAUAAGACCCCUGAUCACUGGUAUCCAGCCGAUCUCCAAAAACGUGCCCGUGUUGAUGAAUAUCUUGCUUGGCAGCAUACCAAUACCCGUCCACAUGGCUCCAAAUUAUUCUGGUUGAAGGUAAUGACUCCCUUUCUCCUUGGCCAUGAAGCUGAACCUGAGAAGUUGGAGCCUGUGGUGGCUGAAUUUAAUACCACAUUGACUACUAUAGAACAACAGUUCCUGGCUGGCAAACCUUUCAUAGCUGGUGAUAAGAUCUCUAUUGCCGAUCUAGUGGCUAUUGUGGAGAUCAUGCAGCCUGUUGCUGGUGGAUUUGAUGCUUUUGAAAACAGAUCAAAGUUGGCAGAUUGGAAGAAAAGAGUGGAAGAAGCAAUUGGAGCCGAGCUGUUCCAAGAAGCACAUGAGAAAAUUCUCAGAGUAAAAGAGAUGCAGAAUAUGCCCAUCCCUCCAGAACUUAAGGAGCGACUUAAAGCCAGAUUGCAACAGUUCAACCGUUGAUGAAACUUGAAGAGGAUAUGAAAGUUCAAAUUCUUUAAUAAGAGCCAUUUGUUUGCAUCAUAUAUUUCUGCUGGUUCUACUACUAUGUAUUCGAGUUGUUGCCUAAUUAAACAAAUUUUUUCAAAAAAUGUAA